AUGGGUAAGAGCAAGACUACGGUCGCAGCGGGUGGAAACGCAGCCGUGGCAUCCGAGAUCGACGAUAUCUUUUCGUCCUCCACCACGUCCAAGUCGAGCUCCAGCAAGCCGAGCAAAGCGACACGAUCGGAAGCCUCAUCCAGCAGAGCAUCCAAAACAAGCGACAAGGCGGCAUCCAAGUCGACCUCAUCAUCUGCUUCCAACUCGAACUCCAAGUCGAAGCGAAAGCGGGAGGCCGACUCAGCCCCAUCAAAGAAGCGUGCUGUGGAGGUUGUCACGGACACAUCCUCCUCGAUCCCAACCAGCAUUGCUGCACCACCGCCACCCAAGACGCGGCCUUCAAAGUCUUCGGCUAGCAAUGGCGCAUUUGACGCGGCAAAGCAGGCGGAGCUGGAGGAGUUUGCCAAUUCGCGCGGUGGGGGAGAGAGGAAGACGACCGACGAUGGCCUGCGCAUCUUUUCGGCCGCCGAGCUGGGCAUGAACGACGACGGCGGCGAUACCGAGCUGUGUCCGUUCGACUGCAACUGCUCGUACAACGUGCGGCUCGUCCAGUCGAUCCUCGCGGCACCUGCCCACCAUGCACAGCUGCAGCCAGAGUGGCCGCGCGUCGAUGCUGCGGCCAAGCCCUGCACACAAGAUCCCCCCCCUGCUUCGGGCAAUGGAGAGUUGCACCGCUCUUGCUGCGCUUCGCCAGGGUGA